AUGAGCGAAACUGUGUCAGCGCCUCUGCAGCUGUCCCGGCACUUGUCACAGGCGGAGGGCCUCCGCCUGCUGGGGGCGUUGAGCGUCUUCAACGCCAUGGCCGUGGCGGUGCUCCGGGAGCCCGGCCCUCCACCCCAGGGCACCGAGCUGCUGCGCCUGCUGCGAGGGGCCCUUGACCGGACGAUGGAAACCCCAGUUCCCUGCAGCUCAGGCAAGUCGGCUUCCCAGACGCAGAUGGUGCCGCCAUCACCGACGCCUUCCAUCGCGCGGCAGGUAUCCAUCGAGGGAAGCCCCAAGACGCCGACGCAGGAGCGGCGCAUUUCCUACGAAGGUGAGAUUCGUUUCUGGAAGAGGUUGAGUGGGCAGGGCGAGUAUCAGGAAGGGUCGCGCUUGCGGCUGCUUCGACAAGAUGCACUCACCAGGCACUGGACCUGCUUCUUCGUGGAUUUGAAGGCAGGGCCAUCGAAGCCACGGCAGUACCGGAGCAAAGAACGGGCCGAGCCACGAGCCCACGAACAGCCAAAGCACGACGAGAAGUGUCCACUUUGCAAGGGCCGAGAGGAGAAGACAGAGGUCUUGCGGGUUUGGCCCGACGGCCGGCUGGAGGAGCGAGAGGGUCUACCUCCAGCAGAGGCGGACAAGACAAAGUGGCUGGUGCGAGUGCUGCGAAACCCGUUCCCCUACUUGCUGACGCCACAGGAUCUCUACCAGACGCCCUUCCCGGGCGAUCGGAGCAAGCAUGCCGCGUGCUUCGGCGAUCAUGACAACCAUGCUGCAAAUCCAGAUGCAGAUCACCCUCUUUGCAGGAUGGUCGACGGCUACGGGGCCUCCGAGGUCGUUGUGGAGUCUCCCACGCACAACGCGAUGAUUGGCAUUGCCGAGGAUGCGCAGGUCAUCCAUACCUUGCGGGCCAUGGCAGCGAGGGGCCGAUCGCUUCGAAAGUGCAGCCAGGUGGUGCAGCUGAUGUACUUCAAGCAGUACGGUGCAGAAGCGAGCGGUUCGCUCAUCCAUCCGCACAUGCAGAUUUGCUCGCUGCCGAUUGUGAGUCGGAGUUUAGAGCGGCGCCUUGAGGAUCACAAGGACUUCUUCGCGCAGCAUGGAUGCCCCGCUGUGAAGAGGCUCUACGUCGACGAGGUGACCGGUGGAAACGGAAAUGCGCUGGCAGUGGCCCGACUGGUGCACCAGACGGCCCACUUCGUGGCCAGCGUGCCCUUCGCUCAAGUUCCACGCGGGCGAGUGGUGAUCGCCCCAAGGCGCCAUUCGCCCCGAUUCGAGGACUGCCUGGAGGAGGAGCUCGUGGACUUGGGUAAGCUGCUGCGCCUUCUCCUCGCCAGCCUCUACCGCUUCAAGGACGACCCUUCAUACAACCUCUUCUGGGAGACCGCACCUACCGAGCACUGGCACGCCUUCGAGGACGAGGCGGAGAGGAGGGCCGUGGAGGAAAGCUUCUGCUGGACGCUGCACAUUCGUGUACCGCACAAAGCCUCGGGCUUCAAUCUCGCCUCCGGUGUGGAUGUCACGCGACAACUUCCUGAGGAAGAGGCGAAGGAGCUGCAGAUGUCAAGCCGGCAGGGGCUCAGUGAAGUGACGUACCCCAUUGGCACCUUUGGCUUCGACGCAGAGCAGCUGAAUCUGGAGUUUCCCAACACAGUUGGCCCGUUUGUCAUGGUCAAUGCCCAGAUGGCAGAAGGUUUCAACGAGUAUUUCCGCCACACGCAAGUCUCCAAGCCGGAUCUUCAAAGCUGCUGGGGCUGUUUAUUUAGGGUUUAG